ACUAGUUUCUUAUUCACCAUUAUCCUAGUGGGCAUUAAUGUAGUAGAAUAUUAUUACACAAUUAUACUAAAAGUUUUUGAAUCCUGUAAACAUCAACAAGCAUGAGUAGGUGUUAAACUAAUUGCUAAACCCUAGUUAUUACCCUUAAAAUUAUCCAGUUCAGCUUUUUAUUUUGGCUUUCAUCAAUCUUAUUUUUAGUGUACUCAUUUUGUAUGGGACUGAGAAUGCACAAAUCCCAGUUGAAUGGUACUUUGCAUCUAAGAAAGCUUUGAAAUAUGACAUUCACAACCUGAACAAGAGCAAUUUUUUUAUAUAGUGCCUCUUUAACCAUUCUUUCAUAACUGCUAUAUUGUGCUCUUGUAUGUAUGUACCAUACUAUAUUUGAAAUGUAAUGUCAAGAAAGACAUAGACAAUUUGUUGUUAACAAUAGCAACAGAAAGAUUUGCAACCUCAUAACCAGUUUAUAUUCCCAUAAACUUGUACACUGCCUCCUCUUCAGCUUCACCUUCAGCAGUGGUUGCAUAAAACAAUCUUGCUCCUGUAUAACAUUUUUGUCAAGCAACACUGCAGGUUACCAUUCACAACAGACUGGGAUUCACUGAUACUCCCUUUCAGAUCAAUCUCAGCACGUGAUGGUAUCACCUCAAGAAAUUGGCCAAAUAGUGCACAUUCAUCUUUAAGUGGUACAAGAACAGUACGAUAUGAAAUGGGAGACGAAAGGAAGAGGGGAGGUGAUUGGACGCUGGUCAACGAUGGAACAGCAUGUGGAGAGAAGCUGAUCUGCGUGAAUCAAACAUGCGAGUCACUAUAUCCAUACAUUGAGCCUGGGCAUUGUGAGACUAAUAACAAUGCCCUUGAGUGCUCGGGCCAUGGGGUGUGCUCCAAUGUCAACUCCUGCUUCUGCACCCCGGGUUGGACUGGGGUAGACUGCUCCAUUUUCGACAACAGCUCCCUCUACACCACACCUAACCCAGUUGAUUCUCAAGGGCCACCCUAUCCACCACCCACGAUGAAGACCCCACCAUCUAAUACAUCCAGCAGCUCCUUUGAUCUAAAACAAGGACGCAACACGCAAUAUGUUGGGCAGCAGGGAAGUGACACAGUGUACCUCGUAGUUGGGUUGGUGUCAGGAAUGGGCGGGGUGUUCUUUGCGUUUGCGUUCAUGGCUUUGUGCUACAGGUCAGUGGUAGUCCACAAAAAUUUCUCCCUGUGUCUAAGGUCAGUAUGAUCUUAGUCUAAAAUAGCCUAGCAAUACUUAGAUUAUUUUUUAUUAUCAUUACAUCUCUCCUUAAUCCCAUUCUUCUCUGUCUCUCUUCAUGGCCCGAUCUAUCACUCAAAAUGCUUGGCUUUAAUUUCUUUGUAUUAGCACAUUAUAUUUUAUUUUCAUAUAAUCAACUAUGACUGUUAUGAGAGGAAACCAACCACUUGCUUGUCCCUCGUGCUGUUACUUACUGUGCUGCAGUCAGCAGAGAAACCUCACUUCAACAUGUUGACAAGAAGUUUUCAGUAUCACAAGCACAUGUCCUACAGUAUAGUAGCCAAGCCAUAAUUCAUUCAGUAAAUUUCCUAUACCUAACCAUUUUAAUCAUUCCUAAUAAUUGUUAAUGAAAAUUAGCGUUCUUAGCACAAGAGUAUGCAGCUGACAUUGUCUUGCAAAUAGCAAUGAGUAACAGGAAGAGUAAGGUCAAGCUACAGUAUUUCCGGUUAUACUACGAAGUGAAGGU